AUAACCAUAACUGGACGAACCGUCUCCAGUCUUCCAUUUUUAGCCGGAGCUCCAAAAAUUGCACAGCUUCCCCACGCCAUUUCCAUUCCCUGUUUUCAAUUUCUAAAUCUCCUUAGUUGAAAUCUUGGAUUCCCCGUUCCUUCUCUCGGAUUUCUCCACUUCAGAUUUUCCCAAUCUUUGUUGCUUCUUGUUCCCGAGGGAUGAGGCAGGUCAACUCGCGGACUUAGGGUUCGAUUGAUCUUUUGGAAUUCAGAAAUGGCGUCUUCUAGGUCCCCCAAUGGAUCCUCUGACGAUAUCGUCGAUACCACCCCGUUGAUGGGGAAUCCCAACCGCUCGCCGGACGAUACGCAUUCGGGUCGUCGAUUUGUGCAGAGGCAAAGUCUGCGUCAGGCCGCUAGGUUUCUGAGGCAGGCUAGUAGUCGUAGGACGAUGCGUGAGCCGUCCAUGUUGGUCCGGGAGACGGCUGCGGAGCAAUUGGAGGAGAGGCAGAGCGAUUGGGCGUAUUCCAAGCCGGUUGUGAUUCUUGACAUCGUGUGGAAUUUCGCUUUUGUUGUUGUUGCUGCUGCCAUCUUGGUUAUGAGCCGCAACGAGUCUCCUACAAUGCCUUUGAGGCUCUGGGUUGUGGGCUAUGCGUUCCAAUGCGUUCUCCAUAUGGUGUGUGUUUGUGUUGAGUAUCGUCGGCGUCGGCAACGCCGCUAUUCGGCCUACAAUUCGAUGGAAGAAGGAAAUUCCGCCCGCGGGCUUCCUGGUUUGGGUUCGAGAGGAAACUCGAGUCACUAUGUGUCAUUGGCACAACUGGAUGAUACCGAUACCAGUGUAGCAAAGCACCUUGAAUCUGCAAAUACAAUGUUUUCCUUCAUCUGGUGGAUUAUUGGAUUCUACUGGGUAUCUGCAGGAGGUCAAUCUUUAGCACACAUCUCCCCUCUGCUCUACUGGUUAUGUAUCAUAUUCUUGGGUUUUGAUGUGUUCUUUGUGGUUUUCUGUGUUGCUUUGGCAUGUAUCAUUGGAAUUGCUGUUUGCUGCUGUCUUCCCUGUAUCAUUGCACUUUUAUAUGCUGUAGCAGAUCAGGAAGGUGCAACCAAAGAAGAUGUCGAACAGUUGUCAAAAUUUAAAUUCAGAAAGGUCGACGAUGCCGAGAAAUUCUCCACUGAUGUACAGGGACCUCUUGGCGGGAUAAUGACUGAGUGUGGUACAGAUUCACCAAUUGAACGGGCUCUUUCACAGGAGGAUGCGGAGUGCUGCAUCUGCCUAUCUGCAUAUGAUGAUGGCGUCGAGCUCCGAGAGCUCCCAUGUGGUCACCACUUCCACUGCGCCUGCGUCGAUAAGUGGCUGUAUAUUAACGCUACCUGUCCCCUCUGCAAGUACAACAUCUUGAAAAGUAGUAACCUUGCUCAAGAGGAAGUUUAGAAAAAGAAAAUACUCGAUAUACGUGUGCCUUAUGAUUAUACAGGUGAGCUGUGUGUAGUUGUGAAAGGGAUCAAUCGGCAAACUCAGUACAGGCUUUUCUUUUGCUGUUGUUAUUGUAGUGAUUUUUAUUCUUUGCUGUAGUUGUUCUUGCUCUGCUCAGGUGCUUUGUAUAUGGUGGCAAUGUGAAGGUUCUCAGUGAUGACUAAUACCCAAGGCAUGAAUCUUUUUUCUCCCCUUAGUCCUCAACUAUACUGUAAUCUUAUUAUUCAAUAAAUUUAAGGUAUAAAAAUCUUUGUUUUGGCUUUUGGCUU